AUGGUUUUAUACCACCUCUAGCCAUGGGCCUUUUGGAAAUACUUUGUUUUUUAAUUUUCCUGGAGAAAAGUUUGGGACAGGGACAGGAACAAAUCUAUGUCAUUUCAGCACCGAACAUAUUUCAUGUUGGAGCAUCUGAAAAUAUUGUAAUUCAAGUUUAUGGAUACACUGAAGCAUUUGAUGCAACAGUCUCUAUUAAAAGUUAUCCUGAUAAAAAAAUUAGUUACUCUUCAAGCUAUGUUAUUUUAUCCCCAGAAAAUAAAUUCCAAAACUCUGCAAUCUUAACGAUACAACCCAAACAACUGUCUGGAGAACAAGGCUCUGUUUCAUAUGUGUAUUUGGAAGUCGUAUCAAAGCAUUUUUCAAAAUCAAAAAAAAUGCCAAUAAGCUAUGACAAUGGAUAUCUCUUCGUUCAUACAGACAAACCUGUUUACACUCCUCACCAGUCAGUAAAGGUUAGAGUUUAUUCUCUGAAUGAUGAUUGGAAGCCUGCCAAAAGAAAAACUGUUUUAACUUUCAUUGAUCCUGAAGGAUCAGAAGUUGACAUAGUAGAAGAAAAUGAUUAUACUGGGAUUAUCUCUUUUCCUGACUUCAAGAUUCCAUCUAAUCCUAUAUUCGGUGUAUGGACAAUUAAAGCUAAAUAUAAAGAGGACUUCUCAACAACUGGAGCCACAUACUUUCAAAUUAAAAAAUAUGUCUUGCCACAUUUUUCUGUAUCAAUAGAACCAGAAGGCAAUUUCAUUGGUUACAAGAACUUUAAGAAUUUUGAAAUUACUAUAAAAGCAAGAUAUUUCUACAAUAAAACAGUUACUGAGGCUGAAGUUUAUGUCACUUUUGGAAUAAGAGAAGACGUAAAAGAUGAUCAAAAGGAAAUGAUGCCAAAAGCAAUGCAAAACACCAAGUUGAUAAAUGGAACUGCUCGUGUCACGUUUGAUUCUGAAACAGCAGUAAAAGAGCUGUCAUAUCACAGUCUACAAGAGUUAAACAACAAAUACCUUUAUAUUGCUGUAACAGUCAAAGAGUCUACAGGUGGGUUUUUUGAAGAGGCAGAAGUACCUGGCAUCAAAUAUGUUCUCUCUCCCUACAAACUAAACUUGAUUGCUACUUCUUUUUUCUUGAAGCCUGGGAUUCCAUAUUCUAUCAAGGUGCAGGUUAAGGAUUCUCUGGACCAGUUGGUAGGCGGGGUCCCUGUAACCCUGAAUGCACAAACCAUCAAUGAAAACCGAGAGAUGGCUGACUUGGAACCACAGAAAAGCAUCACAGGUCUCAAUGAUGGAGUAGCCUCCUUUGUGGUUAACCUCCCAUCUGGAGUGACGGCACUGGAGUUUGAUGUCAAAACUGAUGCUUCAGAUCUUCCAGAAGAAAAUCAGGCCAGCAUAGAUUACCGAGCAAUAGCAUACUCAUCUCCCAGCCAGAGUUACCUUUAUAUUGAUUGGACUGGAAACUAUAAGCCUCUGCUAGUAGGAGAAUAUCUGAACAUUACUGUUACAUCCAAAAGUCCGUAUAUUGACAAAAUAACUCAGUAUAAUUACUUGAUUUUAUCCAGGGGCAAAAUUGUACACUUUGGCACAAGAGAGAAGGUUAUAGAUUCUUCUUAUCAAAGUAUAAACAUCCCAGUGACUCAGAACAUGGUUCCUUCAGCUCAACUUCUGGUCUAUUACAUCGUCAUUGGAGAGCAGACUGCAGAAUUAGUGUCCGACUCAGUCUGCCUAAAUGUCGAAGAGAAGUAUGACAGUCAGCUCCAGGUUCAUUCGCCUCUAGAUGCAGAUGCAUAUUCUCCAGGCCAAACUAUAUGUAUUAAUUUGGCAACUGAGUCAGAGUCGUGGGUGGCAGUCACAGCAGUGGACAGUGCUGUGUAUGGAGUCCAAGGAAGAGCCAGAAAGCCCAUAGAAAGGGUUAAGUUCAAUUCUCUAGAGAAGAGUGACCGGGGCUGUGGGGCCGGUGGUGGCCGAGACAAUGCAGAUGUGUUUCAUUUGGCUGGACUCACCUUCCUCACCAAUGUGAAUGCAGAGGACUCCCAAGACUAUGUGAAACUGGUAGAGAAAUUCUUAGGCCACGAAAACGUCUACAACAGAAAAUACAGGAACUAGGUACUUUAAAAGUUUCAUGUGAUUGUAAAAAGGUUAUGAUCAUAU